CACACCGUCCCGCCCCGACACUUGCCUUGAUCCCUAUCCUAUACCGGUGAAAACAGCACGAUGCGCCGGUACGCAGACGCGACCCCGUGUCCGGCGCCCAGCCUAUCCCUCCACAGCAAUCGUUAUACCGAAUAUGGCCACCGAUCAUCUAUAUAUGCGCCGACAUAUGCUAUAGAGGAUACGACAGCAAAUCUAGACUACACUACGGAGCUGGGAGCGAACCCUAGACAUGCAAAGCCAAGGAGAGCCAUGCGCGCAUCGCGCAGGACGAACUUCGAUCCCGCUCUGGAUAUAUUCGAAGAUGUGGCCCAGGAAGAAGAGAAGCAGGAACAACUGCAAAAGGCCGAAAUAAAGCGAAGGAGCCGUGCAUCCAUAUUGCCCAGGAUCGGAGCAGAAAGCAGAGGCACAAUUCUCGCGCACCCAGCCCAGAAGAUACCAACUGCUGCAGCGGCAGCGCCAAAAGCACAGCUGACGAAGCCACAUCGGCGGCGCGUCUCGGAGUUGCUGCUGGACAGGGAAGAAGCAGUGGGCAAUGCUACAGUCCAAUUACGGGAAGAUAUCUUGGAGAAGAAGGAGCUGAAGAAGCAGGGCCCUAGGAAGGAUCCCCGCCGAAGGACCAUCUAUGUUCCAUCCGAAGAUACCACUAUCAUGACCAUACAUCCAGGGCAACCUACGCAGAGGGCUAGGAACCCCAGGAUGAGAUCGCCAAACUUUGGACUGGACCUUGUAACUUUGUCAGAAGAGGAGCCAGAGGAUCUGGUCUCUGCACUGAAGAAGGAGAAGAAGACGUCGCGCAAGUCCCUGGCAGCUCCACCAAAGCGGGGGCCACUUCGAGAGGUAAAGAGACCACCGCAGGCGGCACCGUUCCUGGAGGAUGCCUUUGGGUCAGGGCCUGGAAAGGAAAAUGUACCCCCAGGAUUCCUGGAGAUUGACCUCAAUUUUACCAAGAAGGACGGGAAACCGGCGUUGAAACCAUCGAGAGUCCAUUUUAAUACUUCGAAAUCAGCGCAGACCGCCCAGGGCAAAUCCAAGUCUGAUGCUGCUCAGAAGCGACUGCGAUCUCAGAACAGCUAUGACGGGUCGCCUGCUAAGUCCAUCAAGUCCAAGGUCAACAGUACAGCCUCGACGAAAUCAUCUACGAUUCCACCCGCAAAACCUUCCUCAAGAAGAACUCUACCAGGAAAGGUGCAGAUGCAUAAUCCAUCGUCAUCCUCCCCGUUCCAUCCGGACGGAUCUCCGCCCUCUGCUUUGCGCCGAAGAAAAGACAGAAGCGAACCAUCGACGGAGAUAUCGAUGCUCCAUAUAGUCGGGCAGCCUCAACCUGUUCGUGAGAAGUACCCCAUAUUGGCAGAAGACCUGGUUCGACCCGAACUGUACGAAGAUCACUGGCUCACGUAUCAAGAGGUCGCUAUGACCCAAUUGCUUAAUUCGGUGUUCAACUCUGCUCACGCCAUUCAUGAGAACGGUUUCUCGGAUCAAGAUCUCCGCCUAAAGAUGUUAGCGAUCUAUCAGGACCCCGCCACAGUGCUUUUGCACAAGCGUCUGCAAGCCUCCUUGACCUGUGGCGCUCUGAGCCUACCGAAAGAUCUCCUGGGACAGACGCUACGGAUCAAAGACGACCUGGGGAUGCGCAAGAAGUAUCUGAACCUUUGGGUAAAAACAUAUGAUCUUUUUGCUCUACGUGCCGCGGCAGAGGCUAUUGUGGGACGGAAAAUUGCGGUUCCAUCAAGGCUUUCCAGUGGAUCAACGAGUUCCGAGGAUGGUUCGCGCCAGACACGAGCGGAACGUAGAGCCAUCGAAGCUUUCCUGGAAACCUUCUUCAUCCGCAACGAAGAUGCCACACGGGUCAAAAGUGGUGCUGGGAGUAUCGCGAACAUCACGCGCGGUGAUCACCAUGGUGAUGAAGUCGGGUCCCCAGGCUGGGCAUGGCGACGCACCAUGCUGCGGAGUCUCAUGUUGGUCCUUCUCCUGGAUAAGGCAAAGAUUCAGGGCGCCAUAACUGAUUGCCUCUUCCAAACCACGUCGCCUCACAAGACUUCUGAGCAAGUGCUGCACGCUUUGGGGGCAAUGCUUCUGCCGUCAGUGGGAGAUAUCACGCGGCCGCUUGGCCACUUCAACUACAGAGUUGAACAUGCCCAGUACCCUCUGGAGGAGUACAACUAUCACAUCGAGAAUAUUGCCAUCGAUCUUCGUGACGGGGUGAUGGUCACCCGUCUUGUUGAGCUGCUGCUCUAUUCGCCCACAGCAAUUAGCGAUCGCGGCGACGAGACCGUCACCAUCACAAUGCCGUCAGGCGAGCUUCUGACGAGCACCUUUAAUCUCAAUCAAAGGGAAAGCUGGAUCUUGUCGCAGCAUCUGAAGUAUCCUAGUAUCGGCCGUCCGCAAAAGCUCUACAAUGUGCAAGUUGCAUUAUCUGCGCUAGUGGGAGUCCGUGGCAUCCCAACUCAAGCCAUUGAGGGCAUCAAGCCUGAAGAUAUCGUCGACGGGCAUCGUGAGAAGACUUUGAGCCUGCUCUGGGCUGUAGUGGGGAAGUGCGGUCUCAGCACCCUUGUUGACUGGUCGCAGCUCGUCAAGGAAAUUGACCGUUUCCGUGAGAGCUGGUACAGCAAGCGCGACAACUACGAGCAAAGGGAUCUGGACUCGGAUGACGAUGAAGAGGCUACGAUCCAACUGCAAGGCCUGGAGUACCACAAGCGACUUUUGCUGUCCUGGUCGCGGAGCAUUGCUCGGCUACACGGCUUGCGCGUCUCCAACCUCACUACUUCAUUUUCGGAUCCACGCGUCCUAGAAAGCAUCGUUGACACCUACCUGCCUUCUUCCCUAUCAACAGGAGAUGGCACAGCGCAACUCCCGCUAGCAGCCAAGCUCAGAGCGACAGGCUGCUCGUCGUCCUUCGUCGCGCUCUUCACGCCGCAGCACCACAAGAAUAAGACGAUCCCAUCCCGUGACUUUACUCUCAUCACCCUCGCGUUCCUCGCCUCACGCCUCCUCCCUCUUUCGAUUACUCACCGCGCCGCAUCCGUCAUCCAAAGAGCGUACCGUCGCCGUCUCGGGCGACAGACGGCGCACAAGCGCGUUGUGCUCAUGCGGCUUGCGUAUGCAUGCGCCGACGUGGCGCGGAAGAGGGAGAAGGUCGUGUGUGCGGCGAUGACGUUGCAGAGGCGGUGGAGACAGGUGUUGGCGGAUCGGAAGAAGAGGCUUGAGCGGGAGGUGACGCUGUUUCAGGCGGCUGCGAGGGGAUGGGCGCUCAGGAGGUGGGCGAGGCGGGUUACGGGCGGAAGGGUGGGAGGGAAGGAGAAGGUUAGGAGGGUGAGGGGAGGGUGGUAG